UCAUAAUGUUCUGCAUCUAAUUGCUCUGCCUUGUACCAAUAUUUCACCAACUUUCUCUGCUUCUCCAACCCAAUGAAGCUUCCCAUCCUCAACAUACGUGCAUUAUGCUUCAUAAACCUUCAUCUCAUUCUUCUCUCUUCUAUCAGCUUACUCUGCUUGCGACCAACCAGCAUUGCUGCCGCUCCAACAAAUGAGACCGAUCGUCUGGCGUUGUUCAGAUUCAAAGAAUUAAUAGCAGACGACCCGCAUAACAUCUUGAGCUCCUGGAAUGAUUCUAUCAACUUCUGCAGAUGGCAGGGGAUUUCAUGUAGUCGUCAGCAUCAAAGAGUUACAGCCUUGGACCUACAAGGCUAUGCUUUGCGUGGAUCCAUAUCACCUUUCAUUGGCAACCUCAGCUUUCUUAGGUUGUUUGAUCUCCAAGACAACUUCAUAUACGGCAAAAUUCCACAAGAAGUUACUCAUUUGUUCAGACUGCAGAAUCUCCUUCUUAGCAAUAACUCGUUGACAGGGGAGAUCCCGAGCAACUUCACUAACUGUCCUGACCUCAGAGUGAUGGACUUCACAAGGAAUAAACUUACUGGGAACAUUCCUGUUGAGCUUGGCUUUUUGAAGAAGUUUGAGAUGCUUCAGAUUGGAGGGAACAAUUUGACAGGACGCAUCCCACCUUCCUUGGGAAAUAUUUCUUCUCUCCAAGAGCUAUCCUUGGCGCUUAACAAUUUUGUGGGAAAAAUUCCAGAAGAAAUAGGCCGCUUGCAGAGGUUAUCUUUCUUCGAAGUGGUGGGCAAUAAUCUGACCGGUACGAUCCCUUAUGCCCUUUACAAUAUAUCAACAAUAAGCAUCAUAUCAACUGCAGUUAACUAUCUUAGUGGCAUUCUUCCAGCCAACAUAGGCCACACUCUCCCUAAUCUCAAAAUUUUGUCCAUCUCGACCAAUCAAUUCUCUGGUCCAAUCCCACUUUCACUGUCCAAUGCUUCUAAGCUUCAAGUGCUUGCUUUUUCCAAAAACAAUUUUGUGGGACAGGUUCCUACUGAUCUGGGAAACCUGCCAAAUCUUUGGUGGCUAGGUGUUGGUAGAAAUAAGCUUGGAAGUUAUUCAACUAAGGACUUGGAUUUCUUGGCACCUUUGGAAAACUGCACCCAACUGGAAAUGCUUGAUUUUUCAAAUAACAAAUUUGGAGGAAGUUUAUCCAACUCUAUAGGAAAUUUGUCGAGGCUUCUUAGUCAACUAUAUCUUGAUGGCAAUCAAAUAUCCGGAAUUAUUCCUUCAGAAUUAGAAAACCUCGUAAACUUAACCACCUUAAACAUGGCGCAAAACCUGUUCAAUGGCACCAUUCCCUCUUAUUUUGGGAAGUUUCAAAUGCUGCAGGGAUUGGGUUUGGAUGGAAAUAGAUUGUCAGGACAAAUACCAGCCUCUAUAGGCAACCUGACUCAAGUGGUUAAACUUUUCUUAUCACAAAACAAAUUGGAAGGAAUCAUUCCAUCAAGUUUUGAAAAAUGUACAAAUUUGCAGGAGUUGGACAUUUCACAAAAUAAGCUUAGUGGAGCCAUACCCAAUAUCGGUCUUUUUUCCCAAUUACUAGAACUCAACUUGUCACAAAACUCAUUAACUGGCACCUUACCAAUGGCAGUAGGCAAUUUAAAGAGUCUUUAUCAAUUGGAUGUCUCCGGCAAUUAUCUAUCCGGUGAGAUUCCUACAACUAUUGGAAACUGCUGGGGCUUGGAGUACCUUUACCUAGAGGGUAAUUCAUUUCAAGGAACCUUGCCUCCAUCUCUGGCUUCCUUGAAAAGCCUUCUAUAUUUAGAUCUUUCACGAAACAACUUGUCAGGCCUGAUUCCAAAUGAUCUACAGAAACUCUCUGUUUUGCGAUAUUUGAAUCUUUCUUUUAAUGAUUUGGAAGGUGAGAUGCCAACAAAAGGAGUCUUCAGUAAUGCAAGCACAAUAUCGGUGAUUGGAAAUAAAAAUCUUUGUGGGGGUAUCUUGGUCCUGCAAUUGAAAGCAUGCAACAUCAAAGUUAUGAAACAAAGAAAAUCUCAUGCUUUCAAAUUAGUACUCAUAAUUGUUUGUGGGGCUGUGUUUUUCCUGAUUAUGCUUGCUUUAUCUCUUAUUAUUUACAAGAGGAAAAAUUCAGGAAAGAAAUCAUCUUUUACUCUCUCACAAACUGAUAUUAUUUCAAAGGUUUCAUAUGCAAAACUCUAUCACAUGACUAGCGGAUUCUCGCCAAGAAAUUUAAUAGGAUCUGGUAGUUUCGGCUCCGUUUAUAAAGGAAUUGUUGAUCAAGAGGGAAGGAUGAUUGCUGUCAAGGUCUUGAACCUUCAACAAAAAGGAGCUUCCAAGAGUUUUAUGGCUGAAUGCAAUGCGUUAAGAAAUAUACGGCAUCGGAAUCUCGUUAAGAUCUUAACAUGUUGCUCCAGCAUGGACUAUAGCGGUAAUGAGUUCAAAGCUCUAGUUUACGAAUUUAUGGCAAAUGGAAGCUUAGAGAAGUGGCUGCAUCGAGAUUUCGACAAUGAAAAUCAGUCAAGAAAUUUAAACCUUCUUCAGAGACUAAAUAUUGCAAUUGAUGUCGCUUUUGCACUACAUUAUCUUCAUGACCAAUGCGAAAGACCUAUUAUUCAUUGCGAUUUAAAGCCAAGCAAUGUUCUUCUUGAUGAUGACAUGAUUGCUCAUGUAAGUGAUUUUGGUUUGGCAAGGCUCCUUUCUACAACCAAUGAUGUUUCUCAACAUAAAAACAGCACAGUUGGAAUGAAGGGUACAAUUGGCUACACUGCUCCAGAGUAUGGAAUGGGUGGCGAUGCAUCAAAAGAAGGAGAUGUCUAUAGCUUUGGGGUAUUCGCAAUGGAACUGUUCACGGGAAAGAGUCCCACUGACAAAAUGUUUAAAGACGAUUUCAACCUCCAUAACUUCGUUAAGGUGGCAUUGUCAAAAAGACUUAUGCAGAUUGUAGAUCUAAACCUUCUCACAAGAGAAGUAAAUGAAAUGUCAAUGCCAAUAGAAAACGAUAGUUACAAGUAUGGUGAUCGCGAUGAUAUUGAGGAGAAGGAAGAGGAAAGUCACAUUGAGAACCUAAGCCAGAUGAAUGCCAGUAUGCAAAAGUGUUUAGUUUCAAUUUUCAAAAUCAGUCUUGCUUGUUCAUUGGAAUCACCAAAGGAAAGAAUGAAUAUGGAGAACGUCACUAGGGAACUACAUCGAAUCAAAAAUGUUUUUCUAGGUAUUGGAUAUGGACCAACUCAGGAACAUGGAGCUUUGUGAAGAAAUCAGAUUACAGAGAAGUCUCUUUCAUAAUGCCCCUGUUGAGUAUGUUGAGUAUAGGCUUUAUUCCAACAAAGUACUUAAAUUAGAACAUUUGUAAAAUGAUCAACAUAUGUCUCUUUUUCCUUAGAAUUAAGAGUGACAAAGACCCUUCUAUGUAACUUUAAU